GCGCCCUCGGAACUUGGGCGCUCGGCGGGCCCGCCUGCGGCCCCGGCCGGGCCCGGCUCCUGCGCGCCGCCCCGGGCCCUCCCGAGGUGCGGCCGGCUCGCCGCUCCUGGCAGACGGCCUGGGCCUGGCCGGGCGAGCGCAGUGCGGCCCCUGCGGCCCCGGGACCGCGGGGACGGGACGGAGGCCCCUGCGGCCCCGGGACCGCGGGGACGGGACGGAGGCCCCUGCCUGCCCCGAGUGACCGCGGGGACGGGACGGAGGCCUCUUUCCUGAGUGACCGCGGGGACGGGACGGAGGCCCCUGCGGCCCCGAGUGACCGCGGGGACGGGACGGAGGCCCCUGCCCCGAGUGACCGCGGGGACGGGACGGAGGCCCCUGCCUGCCCCGAGUGGCCGCGGGGACGGGACAGAGGCCCCUGCCUGCCCCGAGUGACCGCGGGGACGGGACGGAGGCCCCUGCGGCCCCGAGUGACCGCGGGGACGGGACGGAGGCCCCUGCCUGCCCCGAGUGACCGCGGGGACGGGACGGAGGCCUCUUUCCUGAGUGACCGCGGGGACGGGACGGAGGCCCCUGCGGCCCCGAGUGACCGCGGGGACGGGACGGAGGCCCCUGCCUGCCCCGAGUGA